AUGGUUAUAUACCUCUUCACAGCAUUGCCAGCGAUGCUGCUCCUGCUCUCUCUCCAGAGAGUACCUUCUUCAUCGAGUACUGUUCAGGAGGCCUCUCCUGCUUGCUUGGUGUCAGGGGUCUCGCGCCUGAAACCCAGGUCUGGUGUGAGUGUUGAUGAUGAUGAGGUUGAUGGUGUUGGUGAUGAGAUUGGUGAUGUCGAUGAUAAUGAGGUUGAUGGUGUUGAUGGUAAGGUUGGUGGCGUCGAUGAUAAUGAGGUUGAUGGUGUUGGUGAUAAGGUUGGUGGCGUCAACACGAGUGUCCAGUGUGUUGACUUGAUGCUUGAAGUGAUCCCCGGACCGCAGUGGACUACUGCCUUCGGUUCUAUCUAUAUCCGGACCGCUAACCUGCUAUGGGCGCCUUCGGACGUCAGGUAG